AUGGAUUCUGCCAGUGCAUCCGGUACCCAGCGGCAAGAUGAGGGCCUGCGAGAGCGGGUGAGGCCCUCUCAACCUGUCGACGUCAACGCCGUCGACCAGGCGCUCGCGACUGCUGGCUACGGCGUGACCACCGACAACAGGACGAGUGACGACAAAAAAACCUUUGGAAGGACGCCAGAUGGAACUAUCUUUACCGUCCCCCAGACCCAUGAUAUGGUCUCACAAUUGCUCUCUCCAACCCAACCCAAGAAUGUAUCCGACCUUCUAGUCCUGGCAAUCCUUGCCGCUCAUAUAUUUAUAUUUUGGGUCCUUGCCCCAGAGGCCAGAAUUCCCGUCUUCGCGGCGAUUUAUAUGUUCUGGAGGACCUCAUACAACGGCGGAAUCGGAUGGCUUCUACACAACCAGUCGCACCACAACACCAUGGUAAGAUGGGCUACCAAGUCCAAGAUUUUUGUCAAUCCAUCGACGGGCAAGAAUCCUCGUCCAUUGCUCUAUCGGCUGUUGAAAAAAGACAUGGAAACCAUGAUACCUAAGGAUUAUUCGUUUGAUGAGGCUCCCUUAGAAUACAACACAUGGCUCGUCUUCCGACGCUUUGUCGACGUUAUUCUGAUGUGUGAUUUCACGUCAUACUGCCUCUUUGCCAUAGCAUGUGGAAGCCGCCCAGAGAACGAGACUACCCUAAUGACCACUCUCAGGUGGGCCGCAGGUUGGGUGUUGGUAAUAUUCAAUCUUUGGGUCAAACUCGACGCUCAUCGAGUCGUCAAGGACUUUGCAUGGUACUGGGGUGAUUUCUUUUUCCUCAUUGACCAAGAACUUACAUUCGACGGAGUCUUCGAAAUGGCACCACACCCUAUGUAUUCUGUAGGCUACGCUGGUUAUUAUGGAAUCUCGUUGAUGGCCGCCAGCUAUAAAGUGCUAUUCAUCUCAAUUAUCGCCCACGCAGCUCAGUUCGCAUUCUUGAUCCUGGUGGAAAACCCACACAUUGACCGCGUCUAUAACUCACCGCCACCUCGUAAGCGCUCUGACCAACACGACCUCAAGAACCUGAACGGUCUCAACACGCAGACAUCCCCAAUAAGCGACUCGUUUCCUACAACGCCCACGCCCAACGGAACUGACGACAAAGCCGCAAUGCAACAACCUCCCUCAUCCGUACAUAAUCUACUCGGGCUACAUAAUCUGGAUCUUCAUAGAGUAACAGACUCAUCCGUCAUCCUUAUUCAACUUCUCGUCUUCGCCUUAACAGUCCUUACCCCAUCUACUCCAUUCUAUCAAUAUCUAUUCGUGGCAAACGCUGCGAUCUGGAGAUGCUGGUAUUCCAUAGGCAUGGGAUACAUUCUCCAUCGUCAAUCCAAAUAUAAAUCUUGGACCCGUCAUUUUGUCAAGUAUGGCGAGAACACGGAUGAGGCAUGGCGUCAGUGGAAAGGCUCAUACCAUCUUAGCAUGACUAUGUGCUAUGCUAGUUUCAUUGCCGCUACCUGGAAAAUGUAUAGUAUGCCGUCUGACUGGAACCAUGGCCUGGCUUUACUCAAGCACACGCUAGGCUUCAGUUUGGCAGCGUUGCAAAUCUGGACAUCCGUCAGUAUCUAUGAGUCCCUCGGUGAAUUUGGAUGGUUCUUUGGAGACUUUUUCUUCGAUGCACAGUCCAAGUUGACCUACAGUGGUAUCUAUAGGUUCCUCAAUAACCCCGAACGUGUCUUGGGACUUGCUGGUUUAUGGGGCGCUGCUUUGAUAACCAGCAAAGGUGCUAUCAUUUUCCUUGCUCUGCUCAGUCAUAUCCUUACACUCGCUUUCAUCCAGUUGGUGGAACGUCCUCACAUGCAGAAGCUCUACGGUAGAAGUUUACGAAAGGAUGCAGGCUUGGUCAAGAACCUGAAACGAUCAUUGCCUCCCCCGCUGCAACAAUUGGGUGGUAGCGUUGAUCGCAUGAUGGAUGAAUCUUUCGAGUUUGUCGAAGAACUUUUAGACUCUGCUCGACCCAAACUGGCCACUGGUGUGAACACGUUCAUGAAGGAUGCCAAGUCCUUGUUCCGCCAGUAUCCCGCACGAAUUACGAUUUCUCGCUUGGACGAUGAAGUCGCGGCAGGUUACAAUUUGGAGGACUACUCACUCGAAAUCGAGGGAACGGAGUCUUCGCCGUCCGCACAGGUAGAACGAAGCAGCGGCAAAGAAGGCGCCAACGCUAGAGCUCCACCCGAGCGACGUGGUGAUCUGAAAAGCCUGAUAUUCGAAUACGGCGCCCCAAUCCGAGUCAAGUGGACCGCACCUCUGAACCACAGCAAGAAAGAUUGGGUAGGAUUAUACAUGGUCACCGACAACACCCGGCGAGAAGUCACCCGCGUCUCCUCCCAGGGAAGAUGGAUAGCCACCAACGAAGGCGCCUACGACAGCUUAACCUGUGAAAAGGGCCUCGUCACAAGCGACAUCGUUAUAUCCGCCUCGCGCCGCCGAGACGGCGAAAACCGCGAUCUCGCAUCCGGCGAAAUGGUUUUUUCGGGCGACAAACUCUUCUGGACACAGGGUGUCUUUGAGUUCCGCUACCACCACAAUGGUAAACACAACGUCAUGGCCAUUUCGCGACCUUUUGAGAUCCGUAUCGGCCGUUUUGAUGAGGAGGAUGUCGUCAAUAUGGAUACCGCCACUGCCAAGAGCGAUGGAUUGAUCCAGGCCGCUAUUGAAGAGGCGUUACUACCGGUUGUGCGUAACUGUUUUGAUAGAGAUCCGGAGAUUGCGCCGGAGACGUACGAUGAGCAUUUUGGGAGUUUGGUUGAUCGGGAUGGGAAGUAUGCUAAGAGGGUCGUUUUUGCGGUUCAUCAGAUGUUCGGCGUUGAACUCGCUCCCGAAGUCGUUCGCGCUGAUGGAAAUGUGCGAAAUAUGGCAUGGAGAAUCUGCAAUGCAAAGAAAGUUUUGAUCGCAUGCGCAGUACAUGGUCCACGACCUCUGCCACGCUCAGCAAACUACUCCCCUAACCUGCUGCUCACAACCCACGUGAAAUACGCACCGUUUGCCCACCGACGACGAAAAGGACAUAUACGCGACGCCAGCGAGCGUGAUCUGGGCGUGCAUCUUGAAACCGCCAUUAGAGGAGCCAUAAUAGCCGAGCGCUGGCCCAAAAGUGCGCUGGAUGUGACCAUUACUGUUCUCGAAGCGGAGGAUGAUCGGUGGUGGGGUGAUGCAUCUGGUUCAUCGGAUGCAUCUUGGGGAAUGAUGAAUGUGCUUGCGGGCUGUAUUACGGCUGCAGCGGCGGCUAUUGCCGAUGCGAGAAUUGAUUGCUUGGACUUGGUUGCUGGCGGUGUCGCAGCGCUGGUUGCUGAUGAGGAGGAAGGUGAUAGCAAAGAUAACUCAACUGGACAAGGCUCUCGUCCGUCUCCCAGGUUAUUGCUUGAUCCGGAUCCGUCUGAACAUAAGAAUAUCAUUGCUGCGUGUGUUGUUGGAUAUCUUCCUGGUCGUGACGAAAUCACAGAGAUAUGGCUGAAAGGUGAUACGUCUGAAGUAGCUUCGACUACAGCGGAGGAUCAGAAGGUGUUUGGACAUGAUGUGUUGAUCGAUGGUGCUAUUGAUGCAGCACGUGCGGCUCGCUCUGUGCUUGCUGCUGCCGUCAGAGAGUCGGGKGAACGKUUUAUUGCGCAGUCCAUGGGUGUCUCGGAUGCUACACAAGCAGGGACAAAAAUCGAAAUGAAGACUUGA